UAGCUCCAUUCUUGAAACAUAAGGUGAAAAUAUAUAUCAUAUAUUUUCUUUUCUAAAGAAAGGAAUAUGAAUGGGCUAAUGAAUCAAUGAUAUGAGUUGCCUCCCCUGUUUCCAGUCUAAGAAAACCAACGAGCCACCGGUACAGGACAAGCCUGUCCCGGUUGCUCACCCUGCUAAUGAUCAUCCUUCCUCCUCACCACAUUUUGAAAACAACUACAAAGCAUCAUGUGAAAAUGGUAAUAAUAACAACAAUCGUGCUCAUCAAGAUAGCCCUCCUGUUGAAAAUGGAGAUAGCAGCAACGCGAAAACUUUCACAUUCCGUGAGCUAGCAAGCGCAACAAAGAACUUCAGACAAGAAUGCCUAAUAGGGGAAGGUGGAUUUGGAAGAGUCUUUAAGGGAACACUUCAAGGAGGAGAGGUUGUGGCAGUAAAGCAACUAGACAGGACUGGAACACAAGGAACCAAGGAGUUUCAAGUUGAAGUCUUAUUGCUAAGUCUACUUAACCACCAAAAUCUUGUUAAUCUCAUUGGAUACAGUGCUGAUGGAGAUCAAAGAAUUUUAGUCUAUGAAUACAGACCAAUGGGCAGUCUUGCUGAUCAUCUAAUUGACAUUAAGGAGGAUCAAAAGCCAUUAGAUUGGCAAAACAGAAUGAAGAUAGCCUCAGGUGCAGCAGAAGGACUUGAGUAUCUACACGAGAAGGCCAACCCGCCAAUCAUAUAUCGUGAUCUCAGAACUACCAAUAUUCUAUUAGAUGAAGAUUUUACUCCUAGGCUCUCUGAUUAUGGCCUUGCCAAGCUUGCAGGUGGAGGGAAUAAGUCACAUAUAUCACCGAGGGUAAUGGGAACGUAUGGUUACUGUGCUCCAGAGUACGAAAGAUCUGGUGAACUCUCUUUCAAGUCAGACGUAUAUAGUUUUGGAGUUGUUUUACUUGAAAUUAUUACAGGGCGACGUGCAGUGGAUACUACAAGGCCCACAGAGGAGCAAAACUUAGUUGCUUGGGCACAACCGAUUUUCAGGAAUCCGAAAAGGUUCAGAGAAAUGGCGGAUCCACUUCUCAAGAACAGGUUUCCUGAGAGAAGUUUGAAUCAAGCAGUUGGAGUUGCAGCCAUGUGUCUACAAGAAGAGCCAUCAGUCCGUCCCUUAAUCAGUGAUGUCGUAGCUGCUCUUACUAACCUCAACGUGGAUGAACCGAUUCCUGAAUCUCCACCGUCUCCUGAGAAAGACAACAAUACAGAUACAGAUGAAUACGAGCAGAAGAGUUCAGAUAACGAAGCCUUACCAAAUAAGAAUGAGGAUGAGAGCAGUGAGAAUGAUGAACAAAAUGUUCAUUACAAUCAACAAAAUGUUUUCGACAGUGAUGAGGAUGAUGGAGCAAGUUCUGAUUACGGAUAUGGAAGUACAUCAGGAUCUUCAGAUAAUGAGAAAGAAGACAUCAGUCUUGAACCUGGAGAAGGAAUGCCAACAAAAUCUGUCAAAUGGAGUUCGGAAUCAAGACGUAAAAGCAAGAUAAAGUCAUCCUCUCGAACCAUAAACUCAACCUCAAGACGUAAAAGCAAGGUAAAACGCUCUGCAAGUAGAAUCUCAAACGACGAUACUGAAAAGAAGGACACAUUCAAUUUAAAAGACAAUAACAAUCAUAAACAACAAAACAACGUAAAGUCCAAGACUGUAAGUUUUAGUGGUUUUUCGAGUCAGAGCAGCGAUGAUGCAGAAUCAGACGGUGAAAAUAAUAUUGGUUCAAAUCAGUCAAGAUAUGUACAAUUUAGAUCAUGAAACCAUACAUCAAGAUACAUGG